AUGGACUAUUCACUGGAAAACCACGCUUCUUAUAUUGGCCGUCCAGUCAGCGAGCUGCCCACACCGGCAUUGGUGCUGAGCAAGCCCGUACUAGAGCACAACACCCGCAUACUUCUCGAGGAUGUGAAGGAAUUGGGAAUUAAGUUCCGGCCCCAUGUGAAGACACUGAAGUGCACCGAAGUCACUCGCAUGAUGCUGGGAAAUACCCAUCGGGGAAUUGUUGCAUCGACUCUCGCUGAAAUCCGGGGCUCUUUGGAGUUGGUGAAAAGUGGAGAACUAGACGAGUGUCUCUACGGUCUCCCGGUCUCCGCCAGCGCUCUCCCAUUCCUAGAAACCCUAACCAAAUCCCUCAAGAUCAUCCUCAUGAUCGACAGCGAGCAACAAAUCGAUCUCCUAGAGUCCUAUCUCACCAAAUCACCCUCCGUAUCCCCCUGGCCCGUCUUCAUCAAAAUAGACGUCGGCUCCAAGCGCGCAGGCCUAGUCACCGACUCACCCUCUCUCCCAAAACUGAUCCACCGCAUUGAAUCCUCCCCCGCAGCCAGCGUCUACGGCUUCUACUGUCACGCCGGCCACUCCUACGCCUGCCGGACCGAAGACGCCGCAGCCGCAGUCCUGCAAUCCGAAAUCGAAGGCGUAGUCCAAGCAUCGAAAUACCUCCUCGACAAAGAUCGAAAGAUCGUCGUCUCCGUCGGCUCAACACCAACAGCACACGUCAUCAAAAGACUCCAAGGCGUUCUCCCGGAAGGCAUGGACCUCGAACUUCACGCAGGGAAUUACCCAACCAACGACCUCCAGCAAGUUGCCACAUCGCUAGUUACGCCGACACAGCAGGCUGUGCGGAUCCUGGCGGACGUGUGUAGCGUUUAUCCCGAGCGGAAUGAAGCGCUGAUUAAUGCGGGCACGGUUGCGCUGGCAAAGGAGACGAGUGAGUUUCCGGGCUUUGGAAUUGUCGCGGAUCGGCCGGGGUGGAGUGUUGUGCGGAUGGCGCAGGAGCAUGGGAUUUUGGGGUUGAAGAGUUCGGAGCAGACGGAGAGGAUUGCUGGGAUUAUGGGGGUGGAGGUGAAUGAGAGUGAGAGGGUGGAGAGUUCGUUUAAGGUUGGGGAUAAGGUGUUGUUGUAUAUUCAGCAUGCUUGUAUUACGGCUGCGAUGCAUUUUGCUUAUUAUGUGGUUGAUGAGGAGGAUAUUGUGCGGGAGACUUGGGUUCCUUGGAAGGGGUGGUGA